CGCGCUCGCCGCUCCUCGGCCCACACGCCGCCCGCACCGCCCGCCCGCCCCGCCCCGCGCCGCCCCUCCCCGCCGCCGCGAGGGGAGGGGAGCGGGGGGGAGCCCCUGCUUCUUUUUAUUUUGGGGCGGGGGGGGGGGGGGAGCGCUGGCGCGCUCUCCCCUUGGUGAUUUUUUUUUCCCCUCCUCCCUCCCUCCCCGGCUGAGGAGCGAUGCUGCGCGCUGGGUUAUGAUCCUUCCCUCUCUCUCUCUCUCUCUCCCUCUCCCUCCUCCUCCUCCUCCUCCUCCUCUCCUCCUCCUCCUCCUCCUCCUCCUCCUCCUCCUCCCGCUCCCCUCUUUUAUCAUCCUGGCUGGCUGGGCGCUGCUGCGCUGGCGAGUUGACUCCUUCCCUCCCCCCCGCCCCGCGGCCCCCCUCCCCCUGCCCGCGCCGUGAGCACCGGCGGCGCGGAGGCGAGAGCCCACUUGCGAGGCGGCAGAAGCAGCAUAAGGCAGCGCGGCGGCGGCGGCAGCGGCGGCGGGAGCGGCGGCGGCGGCAGCGGCGGCAGCGGCACCCGAGCGGCGGCGGGAGCGGGAGCGGCGGCGGGGACGCGGCGCGGCGGGAGCGGCGAACCGGCGGAACGGGGCAGAGCGGAGCAGAGCGGCGGCGCCGGAGAGGAGGAACAAAUAAACAAUCAUAAUAAUAAUUCAUAAUAAUCGUAAUCGUAACGAUAAUAAGAAUUUUUUUAUAAAACAAAAAAAAAAAGAGAGAGAGCGAGGAGGAGGAGGAGGAAAAAAAAAAAGCCAACAGCCCCCCCACACCCCCGAGCCCAAAAGAGGGAGCGAGAGAGAGCAAGAGCGCAGCGGCCGGGCGGAGCGGCGGAGAGGAAGAAUUAAAGCGAGCGAAGGAGGGAGGAGAGACAGAGCAGAGAGAGAGGAGGAAAGAGGAGGAGGAGGAAAAAAAAAAGCCCACAAAAACAAAGCGAUCGCAGUUGAUGUUGCUGCUGCAAGCUGGACUUCCAAAAACUACGGCGAGACCGACCGCUCUCCGCGCCGAGAAGAGUCUCCUCCGCUGUGCGUGUUUUUUUCCGCUGUGUGUGUAAUCUUUAACCUUUUAUUCAUUCUUAUUUUGAUGGCUUUCCUGAAUGGCUGACUGCGAGCUUCCCUGGACCUGGCCCCCAGACACCCGCCUCUCCUCCUUCAACUACUCUGCUGCAGAUCAGCUCUAAGAGAGAGAGAGGGAGAUCUUUGAAGAGAUUUUUUUUUUUUUCUCCUCUCUCUCUCUCUCUCUCUCCCCCUCUCUCCCCCACCCCCACCACCCCUUUACUUUGCUCUCCUGGAGCCCAGACAAUCGACUCGCACCUCGCCCCCCCGCACACACACCUCCAUCGCCCCGUGCUUCUGCACCUUCGCCGGUACCGGGAGAUCCCCCCCACCCCGACCCUCCUGAAAAAAAAAAAAAAAAAAAAAAAAAAAAGGCAAAACAACAAAAGAGAGAGAGGGAAAGAGAGAGAGAGAGAGAGGGGAGGACAAAAAAUAAAAAGACUGCUGCAAAGCUGAUCUGAAAAGCAAAGCAAACAAACUUUGAAAAUAAAGGGGGAACAGGAAGUUUGGCAACGGUGUCCAAUAGAUAUGGCAAUGGUAGUCGGUGCGUGGCGAGACCCCCAGGACGAUGUGCCCGGAGCUCAGGGAACGCAGCCUUCGCAAGCCCCGCCGGUGCAGGGACCCCCGGCCGGGGCCCCGCACACCCCACAGACCCCGGGGCCCGGGGGCCCUCCCAGUACGCCAGCCCAGACCAACCCGCCGAGCCAGCAGAACCAAGGAGACAAGCAGCAGCAGCAGCAGCACAUUGAAUGUGUGGUUUGUGGGGACAAGUCUAGUGGCAAACAUUAUGGCCAGUUUACCUGCGAGGGUUGCAAGAGUUUCUUCAAGCGGAGUGUAAGGAGGAAUCUCAGCUACACUUGUCGUGCCAACAGGAACUGUCCCAUUGACCAGCACCACCGCAAUCAGUGUCAGUACUGCCGCCUCAAAAAAUGCCUCAAAGUUGGCAUGAGACGGGAAGUUUCUUCUUUAUUUACUGCAGCGGUCCAGAGGGGCAGAAUGCCACCCACACAGCCAACUCAUGGUCAGUUCGCCUUGACAAAUGGGGACCCUCUCAACUGCCAUUCCUACCUAUCCGGAUAUAUCUCCCUUCUUCUGAGAGCAGAGCCCUACCCCACCUCCCGCUUUGGCAGUCAGUGCAUGCAACCCAACAACAUCAUGGGCAUCGAGAACAUUUGUGAACUGGCAGCUAGGAUGCUCUUCAGCGCGGUGGAGUGGGCCAGGAAUAUCCCCUUCUUCCCAGACCUCCAGAUCACAGACCAGGUGGCCCUCCUGAGGCUGACCUGGAGCGAGUUAUUUGUCCUCAACGCUGCCCAGUGCUCCAUGCCCCUCCACGUAGCUCCGCUCCUGGCAGCUGCUGGCCUCCACGCUUCGCCAAUGUCUGCUGACCGAGUGGUCGCCUUUAUGGACCACAUACGAAUCUUCCAAGAGCAAGUAGAAAAACUGAAAGCAUUGCAUGUCGACUCUGCAGAAUAUAGCUGUUUAAAGGCCAUAGUCCUCUUCACCUCAGAUGCCUGUGGUCUCUCUGAUGUAGCCCAUGUUGAAAGUUUACAGGAGAAGUCACAGUGUGCUUUGGAAGAGUAUGUUAGGAGCCAGUAUCCCAACCAGCCAACACGAUUCGGGAAGCUAUUACUACGUCUCCCCUCCCUUCGCACUGUCUCCUCUUCUGUCAUAGAGCAAUUGUUUUUCGUCCGUUUGGUAGGUAAAACCCCCAUAGAAACCCUAAUCAGGGAUAUGUUACUGUCUGGCAGCAGUUUUAACUGGCCUUACAUGUCCAUUCAAUAAAACAUUCAAGAGAGAGAGAGAAAAAAAAAAAAAAAAAAAACCAAGGAAAAAAAUAAAAAACGACAAGACAAAAAUUUAAAAAAAAAAAAAAAAUUUCAAAAUUGAGAAGGGAGAUGAGAGUGAAAGGAAAGCAAAUGACAUUUGGGUUCUGGUUGUUUCUUAAAUUUCCUUCUGCUAAGAAAGGAUGUAAAAGGAUGUUACAAGUUUGCUAAGAGAAGACAGGAAAAAAUUAAUGGACUGUGAAUUAAAAAAAGAGACUGUCAAAUGAACUUUUACAGAAUGCAUUAAAAACUCCCGUGUCGUUCAGAAAAAAAACUUGCUACUUAUCAUUUUUUUUGUAAAAAAUAAAAAAGAGGGAAAGAAAAAAAGAAAGAAGAAGAAAAGAAACGAUGGUGGGCUUUUUCUUUUUUUCUUUUUUCUUCUUUUUUUUUCUUUUUUUUUUUUUUUGGGGUAAACUUUUUAAAAAAUCUCGCUUAAAGUGCAUUUAAAGGAAAUUUGGAGAAAAUUAGCAGAACGGAAGAAAGUAAGUCUUUUUUUUCCAAAUUAUUAAUUGUCCUAUGUGUCUAUGUACCUAUAGCUGUUCUUUUUUGUAUUUUUCUGGUUUCAAACCAGUUUAUUCUGUGGUUCUAUAAUAAUUUUUGAUAUAACCUUGGCUUCUUUAAAAAAAAAUAAACUGUGUAUCCUUAAAAUAUAUGUUCUGAAAGAAUUAAAACUGAGUCCACGAAAGUAUCAUAGGAAGAAAGGAAAAGAGAAAAAAAAAAAAAAACCUCAACAACACAAUGAUGGAAGCGCACUUAAGGUGGUGACCCAAAAUCUAGCUUGAAGCUGAGAGAGCUAUAAUUAUAUAGACCCGAAUGAACCACACGUGUCAUAUAACUCCCCCCAAAUCUAGGUUUUUUUUGAUAUUUCGGACAGAAAAUGAACUGUGGGGAUUUAUUAUAGGUAGAAGGAUUUUGUGUCCAAGACACACUACGGUUUUGAUUAAAAAAAAAAAAAACAAACAAACAAGCAAAGUGAACUUUUGUAAUUUGAAUUGGGUUCCACAUAGUUCAUCAUGAAUUGUUAUUAAACUCCUCUAUCUGUUUGUAUAUUUGCAAGCCCUUUGUAUUAUAAUAAUUGUUGAUAUUUUCCCUUUUUAAAAAAUACCAUUGAAAUCAGCAUGACAAAAUAACACUGUUGGCACUUAUAGAUAACGUGAUUGAUUCAGUAUCUUAGAGUUUACAGUUUUGUGUUUAAAAAAACUGAAGGUUUUUUUUUUUUUAAGUGCAACAUUUCUGUAUACUGUAAAAGUUAUAAUAACUGAACUGUUUGGUCGAGUCUUUGUGUGUUAUAUUCCAAGGAAAAUUGAAAGUAUUCAGAAAUUAAAAUAUUAUUUGAUAUCUGAAA